AAUCUUACAUAGUUGCAACACAGUAGUCAAAGAAGAUUGUGUGAAAUGUGUAAUACAUUGACACAGAAAGAAGAAAUUGAAAACAAUUAGUUAUUCAGUCAAGAAACACUGAUUAGUACAAUGAUUAAUAUUCUAUUAUUCUUUAUUUUUAUUUUAUUGGCAUAUAAUUUUUACGUACAUUAUGGACGAAAUGGAAGGCUUAUCAAUCGUAUACCUGGACCGUCAAGUUAUUCAAUCAUUAGAAAGAUAUUGCAAAGUUCACGGAAGGAUCUUUGGAAGUUACAGAUAUUAGACCAAUAUUAUCCUGUUAGUAAAGUAUGGCUUUUCUCUAUACCCUUUGUAUUUAUCCGUCAUCCUGAUGACAUAGAGAAAAUAUUAAAGAUGCAUAAAGAAAAAAGUUUUAUUUAUAACUUCUUACAUCCUUGGCUUAAUACAGGUCUUCUCACUAGUAGAGGCGCCAAAUGGCAAUCGCGACGAAAAAUAUUAAAUCCUACAUUCCGUCUUGCUAUAUUACAACAGUUUAUUGAGGUUUUUACUAAGAAGGGCGAGGACAUGGCAAACUCAUUGAAAAAUAUUAGCGACCAUAUUGUAAAGGAUUUAAUGUUGUUUAUUAGUGAAUAUACGCUGAAUACAAUUUGCGACACAGUCAUGGGCAUUUCUCUGCAAGAAUUUGAUUUGUUUCAACAACAAUAUCGAAAUGCAGUUAAUCAGAUGUUGGAAUUCGUGGUUUACAGAGGACUAAGACCAUGGUUAUAUCUCGAUUGGAUCUUCGCACUAACAUCAAAAGGUAGACAACAAAAAAAACUUCUAAAUAUAAUACAUGGAUUAUCUCAAAAAAUUAUUGCAGAAAAGAAACUUUAUCAUGAACAAACCAAUGGACGAUAUUUGAAAAAUUGUGAUAAAUGUACAAUAGAGGAAGAUAAUGUAGAAGCUGUCACAAUUGAAAAAAGACGACUGACUAUGAUGGAUUUAUUAAUAGCAGCAUCUCGAGAAGGCUAUUUAACUGAUUCAGAUAUUAAAGAAGAAAUUGAUACUAUUUUGUUUGCCGGUCACGAUACUACAGCGAUGACUAUCUGCUAUGUUUUACUGUUAUUAGCUGAUCAUAAAGAUGUCCAGGAUCGUGUCAGAGAAGAAGUUAAUGCUGUAAUGCAUGAAAGUGGAGGAAGAUUUACUAUGCAGUCUCUACAAAAUUUGUCGUAUCUAGAAAGAUGUAUAAAAGAAACAAUGCGUUUGUAUCCUGUCGUUUAUUUUAUAUCACGAGUUACUUCCGAGGAUGUAAAAUUACAAUCAUAUUUAAUACCAGCUGGGACAUCUUUGCUUAUUAGUAUUUAUGGAGUCCAUAGAGAUCCGAAUUAUUGGCCAAAUCCAGAGAUAUUUGAUCCAGAUAGAUUUUUACCCGAUAAUAUACGAAAUCAACAUCCAUAUGCAUAUUUGCCAUUUAGUGCUGGAUCACGUAACUGCAUUGGACAACGAUUUGCUUUAUUGGAAAUGAAGUCUUUCGUAGCUUCUUUGAUAUAUAAUUUUUAUUUGGAGCCAAUAGAGAAUUUAAAGGACGUUCAGUUUAAUGCUGAUAUGAUGAUUCGUCCCGCUUAUCCACUGGGUUUAAAAUUUGUUCCAAUCAUUAAAAAACAUGCAGAUUUUAAGGGAUAAGUUCUUAUAGAACUAGAACAUAAAAGAAUAUAGAAGUGCUAAUAUUAAAAAGUUUAAAAUAUUACUGUACUAAGUGUUUCGUCUAUUUAUGAUUCAACUAGGAAAAGAAUAAUUUUAUAUAAAAAAUAAAUCGAAAAUGUAAAAUAUAACUUUUUCAUACUGAGAGAUUUUCUUUAUGCAAGAGAGGUUUUAUUUUGCAAAAUUUUUCAUCGGUAGAUGCGUGAGCAUAUUUAGAUCUCAAUUAUACGAAAUCUCGUUAUAGAUUUUUUUGUUCAUAGUUUAUAUUCACAAAUAUUCUUCAUGUUACAAAUUAUUUUAUAUGUAUUUCGUACAUAUUUUAGAUAUGUGAAUUUAUGGUUUAUGUUUAAUAACUAUAAAAAAAAUAUAUAUAUGUAUAAAUAAAAGAUAUAUAUUAGAUGUAUUAGUUACAUGAAUUGUAAUUAAAGAUACAUGGAUGUUUUGUAUACUAAAUUGUAUACUAAAUUUAAAUUUUUAAAAUUAAAAGGUUUGAU